CCGCGAAACCACUUCCCGUUUUGCAUGCUUUUUUUUUACAUACUCUCUAACGUCUCUCAUUUCCUAUUCCUCCCAUCACACAAAGAGAAACGAAAACCACAGUGGUUUAUCCCAACACCGCCUGCAUCCCAUCCCAUUCCAAUCCCCAAUUCCCUCUAUCACACCACUCUUCUUCUCUCUCCUCAUGGAUUCCGACAAGAUGUGAGUUCAUCUGCUGGAGUUGUUCAUUCACGAUUAUUUGAUGAAAAUGAACCGGCACGCAUCUGCUGAGGCUUUCGCCAAAGAAGCUAAUCUUCAACGUGAGGAUGCUCCUGCUGCCCCUCAUAAUACUUCUAAAGGAUACCUGUAUGAUUCGUUUUCCAUGUUCUUGGAUGAGUACUUUGCUGAAAUAGCAAAGGGUGGGAAGGCAGCAGAAGACUCCUUAUCCAAGGUUAAAGGGAUCUGCGCAGAUUGGGGAAUUGGGCAACCAAAUUUUGUCUCGUCCCAGAAGUCGUUCAACGUGUAUUGCAGAAGAUGGACUUAGUUGAAAGGAUGUCGACAGUUCUAUCUAACCUAUAAUAGAAAAGAAAUAGGGAAAAUCAUACCCUAAGUUGGAGUUCUUCCUGCGUAUUGUGUGCCUUGCUUCAGUACUCCUUUUGUUCUUUCUUUCAUGGAUUCCUAUGUAUUUGUGUUGGAUUUUAAGUUAUGCUUCUUCCUCCUCCUCUCAUAAAGGAUCAAGUACUGUGUCAUUACUAGUCAAAGUUCGAGUUCA